AUGGCAUCAAAGGCUGAAUUAGCUUGCGUUUACUCCGCUCUCAUCCUCGUUGAUGAUGACGUUGCCGUAACUGGUGAGAAGAUCUCCACCAUCCUGAAGGCGGCCAACGUUGAUGUAGAGCCCUACUGGCCUGGUCUGUUCGCAAAGGCGCUGGAAGGCAUCAACGUGCGCGACCUGAUCACCAACAUCGGAUCCGGCGUGGGAGCUGCCCCGGCUGCCGGCGCUGCGCCCGCCGCUGCCGCCGCAGCGCCCGCUGCUGAGGCCAAGGAGGAGAAGAAGAAGGAAGAAGAACCUGAGGAGUCCGACGACGACAUGGGCUUCGGUCUCUUUGACUAA